GGGCGAGAGAUUUCGGCCCCAAGAUCUGGUCUUGGCGAGCUCCGGCGGUGGAAUCAAUCGAUCGAUCGCAUUAGAACCGCUGUCUUCGGUGGUUGCUCGAGCUGAAACUGAGUCGCUCAUGGCGGUAAUUGCUUGCGGUAUGGUUUGGAAUCGCGCGGAGGGCGGAAUUUGAUUUCCUGGUGUUGUUUUGGGUUUGGGGUUGUACGGUUGUUUCAGGUGGAAGAGGGAGAUGAGUAAGGGCCGGAGUCCGGAGCCCUUAGAUUUCUUCAUCUGGACCAUCGAGGAUGUUGGAUUAUGGCUUGAAGAGAUAAAUCUUGGUAGCUACUGCCAGGUUUUCAAAGACACUGGGGUAAACGGGGAGUACUUAGAAAGUUUAUCCAUGUUUACAACAGAGCAAAUUCUGCGGUUUAUCAGGCGCUGCCACAUGAAGUGGGGUGACUUUAUUACUCUAUGCAAAGAGUUAAGGCGCAUAAAAGUUGCAUGCCUGAGAGGGGAACAAGAAGUUCGCAAGCCAUGGUGGGUGCCGCAAUGCCUGUCGGCAGUGUUUGUAAAGGUGGCAAAGCGCAAAAGACGAUCACGGGUUGUCUCCCUGAAGGUAGAGCCUUGAGCUCCAAAUGCAACUACUCCUACUUCUUAACCCUUUGUUGUUCUCCUGCCUCGUUUCCUCUUAUUCCUUAUGGUUCAAGUUUGGAGUAAUGCCAUGGUGUUUCAAGUAUAUUGGAAAGGCCAUAAUCCUUGCCUUGGCCAAGGACUUCAAUUUGGUUCCGGUAUCAAUUUUGAUAACUUAUUGGAUCAGUACGAUACCGAUAUAUGUCUACUAACCUGUGUCAACUGAUAUCUUUGUAAAUUAUAUACAUGCCAUUAUCUUUGUAAUGAUCCAAUUGUAUCCAAAAUACUGGUUUUGAUA